CUCCGCCACUCUCUGCUCAGGCAGCAGCGGGUUUGUGAAAACGUGUCAGAGUGAGGCAUCUCGCGCCUCUCCCUCUCUUAGCGCGGCUAGCAGCGGAGCUAACGGUGGCGGUGAUGGCGGAGCUGCUGCAGGGACAGGCCUCGAUGAACCAGCCGGGGCUCCAGUCAGACGGCCUGGUCGAUGUUUUACAGAGGGCCCGGCAGAUGGUGGGUAAGAUGGGCGGAGAAACCCUGUCGCACCUGAACAGCUCCUCAGGAAGUACUGAGGCCGCGCUUUAUUACCCCGGCCAGAAACGAUCAGGAGAGGACGCAGGUGAGGACCCUCAAGGUGUGUGUGUGCGCGUCAACAGGGUGAUCACAGAGGAAUACAAAGUUCCUGACAGGAUGGUGGGCUUCAUUAUCGGUAGAGGAGGAGAACAGAUCACCAGGAUCCAGAACGAGUCGGGCUGUAAGAUCCAGAUCGCUGCUGACAGUGGAGGCCUGAUGGAGCGGCCAUGUUCGCUGACGGGAACUCCAGAGUGCAUCGAGCAGGCGAAGCGACUGCUGGUCCAGAUUGUGGAGCGGUGUAGAAACGGUCCUGGCUUCCAUGGUGACGGGGAGGGCGGGACCGCCGUGCAGGAGAUGCUGAUCCCAGCCAGCAAGGUGGGGCUGGUGAUUGGUCGAGGAGGAGACACCAUCAAACAGCUGCAGGAGCGGGCCGGCGUGAAGAUGAUGAUGAUCCAGGACGGCCCGAUGCCGACAGGAGCCGACAAACCGCUCCGCAUCUCUGGAGAUCCCUACAAAGUCCAGGCAGCCAAAGAACUGGUGCUGGAAGUGAUCCGAGAGAAGGACGGAGACUUCCGGUCCGGUCGCAGCGACUUCGGAGGCCGACUGGGAGGAACCAACCUGGAUGUUCCGGUUCCCAGGUUUGCUGUCGGAAUCGUGAUAGGCAGAAAUGGAGAAAUGAUCAAGAAGAUUCAAAAUGACGCCGGAGUCCGAAUCCAGUUUAAAACAGAUGACGGCAUCAGUCCGGAGCGCGUUGCCAUGGUGAUGGGUCAGCCAGAGCGCUGUCAGCACGCCGUCCAUCUCAUCAACGAGCUCAUCCAGACCGCUCAGGAGCGCGACGGCUUCAGCUCGGCCCUGCGCGGCGGCCGGGUCAGAGGUCGCAGCGACUGGACCAUGGGCUCGCCCAGUCCUCUACAGGAAGUGACCUACACCAUCCCCGCUGACAAGUGUGGCCUGGUCAUCGGCAAAGGAGGAGAAACCAUCAAAAGUAUUAACCAGCAGUCCGGAGCUCACGUGGAGCUGCAGAGGAACCCACCUCCCUCCACUGACCCCAACACCCGGGUCUUCACCAUCAGAGGCACCGCCCAGCAGAUGGAAGUAGCUCGCCAGCUCAUAGACGACAAGAUCGGGGGCUCAGGGAUCAUGAGUAACGGAGGUUUUGGCUUCAGUCCCUUCACCCAGGGCCCCGCUGCACACCAGAACUGUGGCAGCGGGCAGGCCUUUGUCACCGGAGUUUGGGGAAACACCUAUCAGACGAGCUGGCAGAACCCGGGACAGCAAGACCCUGGUCACAGUUUGGCUCAGACAGGACAGAUGGACUACUCCAAAGCAUGGGAGCAGUACUAUAAGAAGCUAGGUCAAACAAACCAGCCUCAGAACCUGAUGGCAGACUACAGUAAGGCCUGGGAGGACUACUACAAGAAACAAAGUCAGUCGUCUCAGCAGAGUUCGGUGCCAGACUACACUGCAGUGUUAGCAGAAUACUACAGACAGCAACAGCAGCCCUACCUGUGGAACCCCGCCCAGAUACAGGAUCACUAGAGACUCGUCCGUCGCCGGCUCAGAGCUCUGGAUGGUCGUUGACAGCAACCAAAUCGGGGUUUCCAAGCAACUUUCUGCCGCUUCUUCCUUCCUUUUUGUAGAAAAAAAAUAAGGAUUAACUAAAAAAAAUCACAAAGUUUUUCUUUCUGUUUUUUAACUUUACAAAGUUGACAUUUUGUCGGGCAGAUUUUUUUGGACUAGCGUCUCCGCAGCGUAGACCUGGUUUUUCUUUAUUUUUCUUAUCAAACUUGAACUUAAAGAUCUAUCAGUGUGGCUUUGAACAAAACAAAUUCAGUAUAAUCUAUAUUUUGUCUAGUUUUAUUUUCUGAUAAAAAACGGUAUAAGGCUUAGCAGUCUUGAGCAAGAAAUCAGAUAUAUUAUUAUUUUUGUUUAUGAUAAUGUUUUAAAGCAUGCGUCAGAUUGUGUGACUCAGUUUUUUUUUUUUUUUUACAUUUUGACAUAGAUAUAUUUUAAUAGCGUCGGAUGAAAAUGUGAUGUUUUACCGUCGGAGAUAAAACUGUAUUUUGUACUAAAUCUGUGCUCGCUGGGUCUGUUUCUACUCCAUCUAAUUUUACAUGUUUAGUCGCCAUCUUGGAGGUGCAAUGAUGCGAUUGUUCUCUUUGGUUUGAUGAUGAUAGUUCUUAUUCUUGUGUAUCAAUAGUGAUCUCUUUAGGUUUUAUGAUGUAAUAAUGAAUAAAUGCCGAUUUAUAUUGCGUUGUCUAAAAGCCAGACCUCUCUGUGGUCGAACACGUGAUCUAACCUCAUUGUUUCCACACAUUCACUUUUAUUACACACGCAGGUGAAUUUACUAUUUUCUUACAGAGUAAAACUUUAUUAUUGCUGUUGGUUAUCUUUUUGGACAAAAUGUUUGGAACUAAACUAUGAAGAUAUUAAAUUUAUUGGUGUAAAAGCUGAACAAGUCCAAACGAAAUAAGGUGUGUGUUACCUCAGCCGCGUGUUUUUGACGAGUGAAUGUUUCUGUUAGCUGAUUGUAAUCUGAGCUGUUUGAACAUUACGUUUUGUUUUUAUUCUGGUAUUUGUUUAGUGAACGGGUGUUUAAAGUGUUUGAAUGAAUGUGGGUAAAUAAAGCAUUGUGUAGCUGUUAAUUAAUAUUGCCACGCUUAUGGCAGAUUCACUCAAAACAAAGGCUUUAAGCUAGGCUACAUCAUAUUAGCAUGAAAAUAUUGUAGAUUUUUUAAUUCCAACAUUUUUGACAGUUGUAGCCAAGUAAAAUAAAUUCGUUUUCAAAGAACCUGUAAUUUUAGUUCUGCUGCUCACAUUAAAAUGUAAAAUUGUCACUUUGCUAACAAAUGGCUAAAAAUAUUUUUAUGCUAACCAACAAGCUCAGUUGAUUAAAUGAGAAACGGCGCCUUAUCGUUUGUGUUAGCAUUCCAAAAAUACAAAUUUGCUGGCGUUUACAUUUCAGUGUUGAUGUCGGUACAAGAAUUUUAUUUAUUUAGAUUUUUAAACAAACUAUAAAAAGCUUUAAAUCCCAAGUAGCUUGAAAGGUGUUAGCAUUAGUGAAUCAGCUUCAGCUAACAGACACCUAACAUUGCAGCACUCAAGAUUUACGAAAUAUUAGCCUUUAAAAACUAAAUCUACGGGUAUUAUUAAAGCAAUAUUGUAAGAACACUAAAUUAUUUAUUUUGAUUUACAUAAACUGGAGGAAAAAGCUUCAUACCCCUCUGUUAGCUUUAGCAAAUUAGCUCGAGAGUAAUAUCCAUGUUAACUUCCCAAAACUGCAAAUGCAAUGUAUAAAGAUUCAAAUAUUAAUGUUAGAACAUUGAAUGAUUAAUUUUAAUUUAUAAACCAAACAGAAGAAUAGGUUAACAUCCCUCUGGGUUUUUAACCAUGUGAACAGCAUGAAAUACUGUUUUAGCAUUAGCCAUUCUUUAGCUAGCAGGAAACAAACGCACAGCCAAAGUUACUGCACUCAAAACGAUUCACCUUCCAAAACUACAAAUGUACUGAUGUUUCUAUUUAAAGGUUAAUGUCAACACACUAAAUUUAAAUUUAUUUUAAAUUUAAAUAAAGAAAAUGGAGGGAAAAGCUUCACAUUCCUCUGUUAGCCUUAAAUCACAUGGAUAGCAUGAGUUAGCAUUAGCAACGCUUAAUGUUCAAAACCACAAAUGUGCUGGUUUUAACUAUUAAAUAUUACUAUCAGGACACUGAAUUAAUUUUAUCUGACAAACAGAAAGUAUUAUAGAAGUCUUUCAAAAUAAAAUAACUUCAUUUUGGCUUCCUGUCAAACCAGCGGAGGCCCUUUCUGAUACUCUCGUACCUUUGUCGGCUUGUUUUAGCUGCAUUACUGCGUUACUCAGCUGAAUAUUGUGUGUAUUUAAGUGGUGCUGAUCGUCGGUUGGUUUUCUGCGUGUCGGGUCUUUGUUUAGGCUGUAAAAUGUUCCUCAGACAUGCAGAUGUUCUACUUUUUUGAAAACUUGCACAUUUGUAAAUGUAUUCCUUUUGCUUUUCUUACCUGAACACGACAGGACGUUCAACUUACUGAUCAGCUUGUUUAAUGUACAUUUGUUGAAAUCAGAAGACUUUUAAUUUUAUUUUGCUGCAGUCUAGUUAUAACUUUCAUUUUUUUUAAAUUCACGUUUUGUUUUUGUUGUUGUGGAUUCCAGCUUUGUUCACAUCGGAUUUUUUGUUCUCUUUAGUGGAACUUUGUGUGUUUUGUGUAUUUUUAUUUGUGAAAUCGAUGCAUCUUGCUAUGAUUUGAUAGUUUGUUCAAAUUUCCAUAUUUUAGUCUUGUUGGGUGUGCAGUGUGACCCGAGGCGUGUGAUCCGUUGUUUGAACUUUGUGACUGUUAGCUGAUGGACGUGUGGACCACAGAGAGGUUUGUCUUGUUUCGGGAGAUCUGGCUGUUGUGUUGAGUUUUUCUGUAUGUGUGAUGAUGAUGAUGAUGAUAAAAUCCUAAUGCAUUCUCCUCUUCAGGGGUUUAUGUAAAUCGUAUGAAUAUUCAGUUUGUCAACUAUGGUUUGUGUAAAUUUCCACUUUCUGGUGGGUGCUCUCCAGGUAAAAAUGUAAUUUUUUUUGUCCUGUUAAAAUUCUAAUGUUUAAUUCACUUGUGUUUAACCAACCUGCAAAUCCAAGCUGAGUGUGUGUUAUAUCCUCAAGACUGCUAGGUGACCUGUCCCCCACCUGUCAUACCUGUCCUGCCUGUCGGUACCGUCGGACCGGAGACACGAACGUGUUGAAGCCCGGCUCCCGUUCGACCCGGCGGCUCCGAGGCCAGAGAGUUGAAUCCCUUCAGACUUUCUUCUAAAAGCUGAGCUGGGUCCAGGCUUGGUGUGCGGUUCUGUUUGGACCGCAAGGCUUCUUGGUGGUCCCAGAACCGAACACGAAAGCACCGGUCCACUUCAGCUUCAGGCUUCCUGUUUCAGACUCCUGGUUCUGAAGGCAGGAGCUCCUAGUUUCUGGUUCUUGUUUUUUUUUUUUUCUAAUGGACAGAAGUCCAAACUAUAACCUGCAGAAUUUUCUAUUAGGUUCUAUUGACAGAUAGUUCUGUGCGAACCCAAACCACGACUGUUGUGGCAGAUGCUAAUAAUAUGAGGGCUAAUAAACCGGCUCAUUCUUUCUGA